ACUGCUAUUGUCUGUUUGUUGGUUCAUGUGGAAUUUGGCGAGUCAAACACACGCAAAGAUAGGAACAUUUAUUCGGCUCUCUGUCGAACGUCUCUUCUUACAACUAGUGGCUGUCUUCUGAAGAUUCAAAGUUGCUCAGCUGGUGCGACUACGUGUAAAGUAAAAGUUCGUGGUACUCUUACGACAGAUCCGGCAACGAGUGAGUGAGGAGCGACACCAGCAAAAUCUUUGAUAUGCUUAAAUAUUUUAGACUUUAAACCGCCUAAAAAAUUCAAGCUAAAGCAUAUUUUGAAAGCAUGGUUAGAAAAAAAAACCUCUUAAGUUUAAAAGAAGGAUUAAAUUUAAUAUGAAAUUUGUCAGGGAGUGGGUGGUCAUCUGGUAACUUACAGAAUCGUAAAUCCCAAAUAGUUGUAAUGGACAAUAAACAACCUCACAUUGAACGUAAUAUAUUAAAUGCAUGUAAAGCUGUUUUUCUAAUCAAAGUUGUUAUUUCUUUUUUAGGAUUUACCAUUGUUACUGUUACGGCACAAGAUGGAACAGUAGGAAAGUGCAUUGAAUUCACCACAGCUAGCCAAGUUAAAUAUGCGUUGAAGGUCGACACUACGACUAAUAUAAUUUUUGAGGUGAGUAGAUACUACGUGGCUGACACAAGACAGAGCUGACGCUGUAGAUCUGUGUAACCCGUUAUAGUAAAACUGACUCUGAAACACAGAAAAGCUGUUUGUACGGAAUAAACAAGCUUAAUUGGCAGACUUUGGAAAUGUUUGCUCUUUUUUCCAUAUUUAUGCUCAUAUCUGAAUAAAACUAUAGCUUAAUUGAUCAGAUAGUCAUUUAGCGAAGAGGCGUGUUAUCUUUUUCACUUUACUCAAUUUUGCAAGCGAUUCUCCUGCUAAUGCUUCGGUGGAAAUCCUCUUCUGGGUUAUAGGUGGAGUUUUUUUAGUUGUCCUCUUAGUAGAAGACAUUUCAAUACAGAAACACUCACAUGUAGUACCCAAGUAGUUAAAAAAGUAAAUAAAAAUGUAACCUUUAGCCUCUUUAGCACGGAACUCCAAAAUUUGCAGCGAUCUCGUUCAGUCUCUGCUGGCCUAAGCAAAGAGGCAUGAAAUGCUGGUGCCUUUUUCACUAUUACGAAAUAUUGCCAUUGACUCUUAUUUGUUUUUUGCAUUUACAGAAACAGCACAAUGGGUGUGAUAACGGAAUCCCUGAUGACUUCAUUUUCAAAGAAGCGCGAAAAAUCCCUCGCCAUUUCACAUAUACACACAAUGCGAAGUGUCUUGGUACAAACAUUGGUGGCGCCUUGUCCUUAAUGAAUAUUAAUGAUAAAAGAUGUAGGUACCGUCUUUUUAAGUGGACUUGA